UCAGUAGGAUAGAGGGAGUACAUUAUAAGUGACCAAUUGCCAAAAAGUUAAAAACAAAACAAAAAUUAAAAAACUAACAAUUACUAUAAUUUAUGUGGUAUUGUAGUCUUGUACUAUACACUUGCGUUGACUCGCUGACUUCUCUAAUCUAUAAUUAUGCAAUAUUCCAUCGGAAUCAGAUCCUUCAUUAGCCAAUAGCCAACUAAUCUAUCUCUCAAAAAAACAAACAAACAAAAGAAAAAGCUAAGGAUAGAAAUGAGAAACUCCUCCAACACCAUCAGUAACAAAUGGGAAGAUCUCCCAAACGAAAUCCUCGAAAUCAUAGCAAAACACCUUCAAUCUCGCAUCGAUGUCUUCCGAUUUCGUGCCAUCUCCACCUCAUGGCGCUCCGUCGUUCCACUCUCACACCGUCAAACUCAAUCAUCCCUCACUCUUCCGCCGCCGUUUACGGCCGCCGCCGUAUUAUCUCCCGUCACAAUCUGCCGCCUCCAACACCACUCCGGCGGCGCUUCCGUCUUGAUGAAGGUGGUUGAAUCAAUUUCCGGCGAAUUACAGCUCCUCAACCCGCUCUCGACCAAAACAUGUAAGGGUAAUAGUAGUGUUCGCAGGACGAUUAAUUUAGUGGAUCUUCGGUUGACUGAGUUGUAUAGAGGUUUCCGUUUGAUAUUCGAUUCAAUUCCCACGAAUUUUUAUGUGAAGAAAGUGGUUUUGUUUUAUGAUUUUGGAAUUUUGGCAUUGUUUGAGUUGGGGGAAUUGAGGUUUUGGGGAUUUGGGGAUAAAAAUUGGACGAAUUUGGGUAAUGAAGGGGAUUGUUAUGAUGAUGUUAUGAGGUACAAGAAUCAAUUUUAUGUGAUUAAUAAUUUGGGGAUUGUGUAUUGGAUUGAUAAAUGUAGGAAUCUUGUUCAAUAUUCACCUCCACUUUGUGGAUUUGGGCACCUGAAAAAUCUACUUGUAUCCGAAGCGCAGUUUUAUGUAGUUGAUUUUUACAUGGAGGAGGAUGCAGCAAGAGUGCAAGCGGCUAUGUUUGAGGAGCCGGGUGUUCGAGGCCGUCGUCGGACAGUGGAUAUGAAGGUGUAUAAGCUGGAUGAAGAAUGGGGUACUUGGGUUGACGUGAAAUCGUUAGAGGAUCGAAUUUUUGUGCUAGGAAAAGAAGUUUGUGUUUCGGUUAGUGUUCAGGAUUUCCCGGGUUGCCGAGGGAAUUGCAUAUAUUUUGUUGAUGCUUCGGAUACUAAAACGGAAUUUCAAACUUUAGGAGAGACUUUCAAACGAUUUGUUGGUCGUGUAUUUCGGUUUGACAAUGGGAGUGUAAGGGCGGUUCAGUGUUUCCCUGCCUAUAACAAGUUGUUCUCUCCUCAUAUGAAUUGGCCGUUGGCUAUUUCAUCUUCUCGUGAUGAUGUUGCUGUGUAAUUGUUGUUUCACAACAUGACAUGGGGCACUUUAGUUGGUUUAAGUUCCGAGUUAUGAGAUUCCUACCACUUUAGUAUUGUUAUUCAAGUAUGCAUUCCGUACUCAUUUUUAAACUUGUCUCUUGUAUUUUGAUGUCAUGUAUCUAGUAAAUUUUUAUACUUUU